AUGGUCGAUGCCAAGGGAAGGAACAUGAAAUGUCUGACUUUCUUCUUAAUGCUUCCCGAGUCAGUGAAAAGCAAGUCAAGUAAGAGCUCCAAGAAAGGGAAUGCCAGCGGCGGCUCCAAGCUGCCCCCAGUCUGUUAUGAGAUUAUCACUCUGAGGAGCAAGAAGAAGAAGAAGAUGGCAGCGGACAUUUUUCCCACCAAAAAGCCGGCAUCCACCACCACCGUGCAACAGUACCAGCAGCAGAACCUCAACAACAACAACACCAUACAGAACUGUAACUGGCAGGGACUCUACUCCACUAUACGAGAAAGAAAUUCAGUAAUGUUCAACAAUGAGCUGAUGGCAGAUGUUCACUUUGUGGUGGGUCAGCCUGGAAGGACUCAGCGGCUGCCGGGACACAGAUAUGUUUUGGCUGUGGGCAGUUCAGUGUUCCAUGCCAUGUUUUAUGGUGAACUGGCUGAGAACAAGGAUGAAAUCCAUAUUCCAGAUGUGGAACCGGCAGCAUUUCUGGCAAUGUUGAAGUACAUUUACUGUGAUGAGAUCGACCUGAGUGCUGACACAGUGUUGGCCACUCUGUAUGCUGCCAAGAAGUACAUUGUCCCUCACCUGGCACGUGCCUGCGUCAACUUCCUGGAGACGAGCCUGAGUGCCAAGAAUGCCUGUGUGCUACUCUCCCAGAGCUGCCUGUUCGAGGAGCCAGAGCUGACACAGCGCUGCUGGGAGGUGAUUGAUGCCCAGGCCGAGCUGGCGUUACGCUCGGAGGGCUUCUGUGACAUCGAUGCCCAGACCCUGGAGAGUAUCCUACAGCGAGAGACACUCAACGCUAAAGAGAUAGUGGUAUUUGAGGCGGCGCUCAACUGGGCUGAGGCUGAAUGCCAGAGACAGGAGCUCACCUCGUCGACUGAUAACAAGCGUAAGGUUUUGGGCAAGGCUAUGUACCUGAUACGCAUCCCUACUAUGGCUCUGGAUGAUUUUGCCAAUGGAGCAGCCCAGUCGGGCGUGUUGACGCUUACUGAGACCAAUGACAUCUUCCUGUGGUACACAGCAGCCAAAAAGCCUGAGCUGGAGUUUGUCAGCCAGCCCAGGAAGGGCCUGACACCCCAGCGCUGCCACAGAUUCCAGUCCUGUGCCUACCGAAGCAAUCAGUGGCGCUACCGGGGCCGCUGUGACAGUAUACAGUUCGCAGUGGAUAAAAGAGUUUUCAUCGCUGGGUUUGGACUGUAUGGAUCUAGCUGUGGCUCAGCAGAGUACAGUGCCAAGAUAGAGCUGAAACGUCAAGGAGUGCUGCUGGGACAAAACCUCAGCAAAUACUUCUCUGACGGUUCCAGCAACACCUUCCCCGUAUGGUUUGAGUAUCCGGUCCAGAUCGAGCCCGAUACCUUCUACACUGCCAGCGUGGUUCUGGAUGGGAACGAGCUGAGCUACUUUGGACAGGAAGGGAUGACGGAGGUGCAGUGUGGGAAAGUGACAUUUCAGUUCCAGUGCUCCUCGGACAGCACUAAUGGCACAGGGGUGCAGGGGGGACAGAUUCCUGAGCUCAUCUUCUAUGCUUGA